AUACCACAAUGAUGUUUAUUCUGCAACAACUACUUCGGUUUUUUCGGCUCAAAAAUUUUGAGCAUGCAAAACCUUUCACACUUCAUUGCUCACUUUUGAUGCUCGUCCUUCUGUACUCAUUUCUUGGUGGAUUUAUAUUCGAUCGCAUCGAGACCAAUGCACACGCCGAAAUGAAACGCAAUGAACGGAUCAAUAGAACAGCGUGUGUUUCUCAAAUUCUGCAUUCUAUUCACAGAUGGAGCCAUAAUCAAACACACAAAGUGCAGUACGCAGAGGAUAUCGCUGAUUGUUUUGAGCCUGAAAAAGACGAAAGAAGCGAAUGGAAUUUUGUAACUGCAACGUUAUAUGGUUUUGGCAUUGUCACAACAUUAGGGUACAACAGAAUUGCGCCAAUAACUUAUACGGGAAGAAUGUUUUGUAUCGUUUAUGGCAUUUGUGGUAUACCAGUUACAAUGAUCAUCAUUGCAAAUGUUGGCCAGUACCUGAACAAUUUUGCAGGAGAUUCGAGACGCAAGAUAGAAGCCUACAGGCAGCAGAGACGAAUGUCAAAAGCUUCAUUGGCCGGCAAAAUUUACAAAGAAUCUUCAAUCCAAGUCACAUCGUUAGCUCUUCUAUGUGUCUUCUUAAUAUACGUGGCAGUUGGUGCAUUACUAUUGCCAUUGUUAAAUGGAGAACUCGACUUUUUCAACGGACUUUAUUUUAAUUUUUUGUGUUUAACUGCGAUAGAUUUUGGGCAACUGGUUCCGAUUCGGGUUGAGCUGCUACCAAUAACAUUUCUGUAUGUGUGCAUUGGAUUGGCGAUUACAACAAUUGCUAUCAAUAUUGGUUCUGAAUAUAUGAAAAAACUUCACUACUGGGGCAAGAAAAUGAAGAAUGCCGCGCAGACAAGAAUUUGGUUUGGUGGAAAAACUUUAAAAGUCAGAGACCUCCUUCAUGCAGUGGGUAAGAAAUGUGGCGUAGAACCAGGAAUGAUUGAUGCAUUGGAUUUGGAAAAUGUUGUAGAGCGGACAAUUGCUAUGCAGGAAGGACGGGAGCCGCCCGAGGAUUUGAACGAUGAGCCACCACGUGAGCCAUCUCCUCGUUCAAUCAUUCAUUCACCGUGUUCCACAAGACCAUCGAAUCCUCCAAUGAGCCCACCAUCUCCACGAGAAGACCACCCAUUUAUAUUCAAAAUGGAUGCUCCUGCUCCUCGAAGCCCAUUACCAUUGCCGGCAUAUGAAUUGGAUAUCAAAAAGCCGAUAUUUCAGGCAUUGUCCAAUGAGUUUAUGAACCAAUCGGCGCAGGAGAAGUUGUUUAAUGAUCUCGAUACUUUUCAAAUUGAAAUUAAUACUGAGCUAGUUGAGGAUCAUAAAUGUGAAAGUGUUAUCAUUAUUGAACCACCAGCAACAUUUGAAGACAUGACUAUACAACACAGUCUUUGUGUUGAAGAUUAUGAGAGGGAAGAAAAAGUUCCGAAACGAUUCCGCGAAAAGAAAGAAAUGUAUGGUCGAGACCCGCGUAAACUGUAUGAAACUUAUCAAGAGGAAUGGGAUAGAUUGGAACGGUUAUCAGAUAGGAAGCACGGUCCGAGAAGGAAGUCAGUUUUGAACUUAUCAAACUGUUCACCGGAACGAAGUGUUUCCCCAUCUCCGAUCAGGCAUUCUUUAACUGGGGAGGGCCACAGAAGAGAUUCGUAGUCCUGCGAAGAGUUUUACAAAUUGCCGCAGAUUUUGUAUUUUGUUUAAAUAAAUAAUGUAUACAU